AGGACGGAGGUCUUUUCCUUUUCCAAUCCCUACUCAUUCUCUCUCUAACCAUAUGAUGACAUUCUUCUCUCCUUCAAAGUUCAAACUUGCCUUCUCUUUUCGGAAACUUCACGCUGCUACAGUGAUUUUGUAUGACGAAAUUGCCCUUGGCUUCCUCGCGAAAUCUCAUACAGGUCCUCGUCUUUCUUCUGGAUUCCACCAACAGUCAAAGAUCCUCUGCUGAUCAUCGACAGCUCUCCGAACUCGCUUUCUCCUCCACCUCCUCCGUAUUUUCAUGGAAAACUUGCUGACUUGACCUUCCCCUAUGGAUUUGACCGAGGGCGUCGGAGAGAGCUCCUCGCCGCCGAGAAGCUUCGUCGGCUUCAGUAACUACGAUGUCCGUAACGAUGUCUACAACCGCUUGGUGGAGAGCGGCCAUGAAGACGCUCUGACUCUGCCGGAGUUCCGUGGACACUUGGACGCGCACUUCAACCGCUUGCCGGCUAGUUAUGGACUUGAUGUUAACUUGGAUAGAGUGGAAGAUGUCUUGUUACAUCAAAAGCUUCUUGCUUUGGCAAAAGACCCAGAAAAGCGGCCCGUUUAUCAUGUCCGUUUCAUGGAGAAUACUUCUACCAGGACAGAUGACGACGACGAUGAUGUUCAACAAUUUACAAGUAUUGCUUCAACCCAAAGGCCAUCAUGUGAUGAAACUAAUGAAGGAGCUGCUCUGUCACAUGGAACUAGGAAUUGUGCGGUUGACUUUGAACCUUGCUCUAGGCUCGGGGACCUAAAUUUGGAUGUUAGAAAGAAUGCUAUGGACAUGGACGGAAGACAUCUGACGGAGUGUUCUCCCACAAGGCAAGAUAUACCACAUGUUCCCAUUCAUGAAGUAAUAUUUUCAACUAUUGACAGGCCUAAGCUUCUUAGCCAGCUUUCUUCGUUGCUUUCGGAUUUAGGACUUAACAUCCGUGAAGCACAUGUCUUCUCAACAACUGAUGGCUACUCUUUAGAUGUAUUUGUGGUGGAUGGAUGGCCUGUUGAGGAUGCAGAUGGUCUAUAUGAAGCUAUGGAAAAGGCAAUUGCGAGAAGUGAGGGGUCGUGGUCAAGAUCUUCACAUUCUCAUUCGGCUGUGGAGAAAGCAUUAUCGGUGAAACAAAAACUGGGAAACUGGGAAAUAGACCGAAGAUUAUUAAAGAUAGGAGACAGAAUUGCAUCUGGGUCAUGUGGAGAUUUGUAUCGCGGAAUUUAUCUUGGUCAAGAUGUUGCUAUUAAGAUUUUGAGAUCUGAACAUUUGAAUGAUGCCCUAGAGGAUGAGUUUGCUCAAGAAGUGGCAAUUUUAAGAGAGGUCCAUCAUAGUAAUGUUGUGCGCUUUAUCGGUGCAUGUACAAAGUCUCCACAUUUGUGCAUAGUGACAGAGUAUAUGCCUGGUGGAAGUCUAUACGAUUAUUUGCAUAAGAAUCAUAACAUCUUGAAGCUUUCAGAACUGCUAAAGUUUGCGAUUGAUAUCUGUAAAGGAAUGGAGUAUUUGCAUCAGAAUAACAUAAUUCAUAGGGAUCUGAAGACAGCAAAUCUGCUAAUGGACACUAACAAUGUUGUAAAGGUGGCAGAUUUUGGUGUUGCUCGGUUCCAGAAUCAAGAGGGUGUAAUGACAGCAGAGACUGGAACCUAUAGAUGGAUGGCACCUGAGGUUAUCAACCAUCAACCGUAUGAUCAGAAAGCAGAUGUGUUCAGUUUUGCAAUUGUACUUUGGGAGCUAGUAACAGCCAAAGUUCCAUAUGAUACCUUGACUCCGUUACAAGCUGCCUUGGGAGUUAGACAGGGGCUGAGACCGGAAAUUCCCAGUAAUGGACACCCUAAGCUUUUGGAAUUAAUGCAGAGAUGUUGGGAUUCAUUUCCUUCCAAUCGGCCUUCCUUCUCCGAUAUAACAGCUCAACUUGAAUCUCUCCUCCAAGAAGUCCAGGAAAUUUCGGAACCUUCCAAUGGCACUUGAGAGUCAUGACACGACUCGGAAAAUUUCUGUAGUCCCCGAAACUUAUCUUUUUGCAACAUUCUGACCAGCUCAUUUUAGGCAUUUGGGAUAUGGAUGAGGCUUUGGUUUUUUCGUUUGUUUCUCACAUGAAUAUAGAGGUUACAUUGUACACUUGAGGAAAAGAGAAAAUUACAGAGAUUGCCCAACACUGUGUCAAUAGUGCGUGAUGAUCUGAUUUCCUAUGUGUUGUAAAACUCAUCUGUAAGUAAAACUCCCAGUUAAACGUCAUUGUAAAGUGUUUGUCUUUUUGAGUAAUGAGAUGUCGACGCCUCGCUAGAUAUUUCCUAUACGCUUUAAUGUAUAGCGAUGGUUAUGUCGGAUGAAGAGCUUGGUGUAGAUACGAUCACAAAACGCAGUGUAUCUUACACUCAAGGGGGUCGAGGGGUACAUUCUGUUGGCAUGAACGAGUUUAGAAAGGUAGUGCAGACUUACGGUUUUCAUCUCGGAAUCGUUUUGUUACGGAGUGGAACAUUUGGAAGCUCAGAAAAUAUGACAGAUUUAGGGCUUUCUUUUCUUAAAUGUUCUGCCGAUCUCGACUUGAAGUGCUUGUAGGCCAGUCCCGAUUUCUCAGUUUCUUUUUAAUCGCGAGUAUGUUGUAACUGAUUUUUUUCCUGUUUCUCGGAAUGUAAAUCGGGUGAUGAGAAAUAUUGUGUUCGCAUGGCAGACUUCUUGUGAAAUCUUAUCGUGCUCA